AUGUCGGGAAUUGACGGGAGCUUCACACUGGGGCCCGUCACCCCGGGUUAUGGGUUCCUGAAGGUGUUACGUCGUCUCAGAAUGGUCUCUAAAACGUUAUACGCGUCAACGUGGUCUCAGCAGCCCUGUGUGACGCCCUCUGUGAGUGGUGGUGGGCACAGAGAGUCCUCAGAGAGGAUGUUCCUAUGGGCAGGAAGCAAAGGAGCUCAGGGAUCAGGAAGUGAGAGAAGGACUAUUUAUCAGAAGGUCCGGGAGUAUGACGUGCUAGACAAGAGGAAGACAGUGACAGCGCUGAAGGCUGGGGAGGACAGAGCUAUUCUCCUGGGACUCAGCAUGAUCCUCUUCUCUGUGAUGAUGUACUUUGUGCUGGGCAUUACCAUGGUGCGCUCCUACUCAGACAGUGUGUGGACGGAGGAAUCCAGCUGCACUGUGCUCAACMCCACCAUCGUGGCGGAGAUGAACUGUACCUACAGCUGCGGCUCUGAGUGCUGGAAYAGCUCCAAGUACCCGUGCCUACAGGUGUUUGUCAGUCUCAACACAUCCGGAAAGGUUGUCCGACUCUCCCACAAUGAGGAGGCACAGGACACCAACCCAGAGUGCUUCUAUGUGCCCAAAUGCCAGAAGGACUUCAAUGCGAUCCACACUGUAGUCAUGAAAAUCUUGGAGCGUCUGAAAACACAGCAGCAGGUGCUGUGUUACAUGGACCCAGGUGAACAGCAGGACAGUGCUCUACUGACACGCAUCUAUGGACGAUUGGCAGUGUUCCACUCACUCUUUUGGCCAACCUGCACCCUCAUUGGUGGAACCAUCAUCAUCGUCAUGGUGAAGCUCACCCAGUACCUGUCCAUCAUGUGUGAACAGGUGGGCAGGAUCAAAAGGUCCCACUCCCUGAUAGAGCGGCAAACAGAUGUGCUGCUACAGCACUACACUACUCCCAGCAAGGAAUGGCUCCUGCCUAAUGCCUCAGAGGACAGAGACUGCACAGCCACAGCCAUAAAACUAGCAUGGAUGGAUGUGUAG